AAAUCGGGUAAAUGAAGCUGGUAUCUACCGCGUGUACUCGUGAGUGGUGAGCGCCUGGCACCUGCCCGGAUUCCGCGUGUUUGUGCACGAGUCCCUCGGGGUCGCCCAGGCGCAGCCGAAGCAAGAACAGAGCAAGGAGGGCGCUACGAGAGAACCAUGAGCCCGGGCGGACUGGAAACUUCAUUGCUCGCCUUGAUGCUGUUCGGUACCCUCAGCCGAGUUUCCACGAACGAGGCGGGUAAGUGUGGAAGAAACGAAUUUCAGUGCAGAAAUGGAGACUGUAUUCCUUACAAAUGGAUCUGCGAUGGCAAGGCUGAAUGCCAGGAUGGCUCUGAUGAAUCUCUGGAUGCCUGCAAAUCUGUAACCUGCAGUUCAGGCCAAUUCAGCUGUGGUGGCCGCAUCAACCGUUGCAUUGAUAUGUCCUGGUGGUGUGACUCGCAAGUGGAUUGUGAAAAUGGCUCCGAUGAAGACAACUGCCCUCCUAAAAGCUGUGCUGAUAAUCAGUUCCAGUGCCAAAAUAGGAACUGUAUUGCUUUGGAUUUUGUCUGUGAUGAAGAUGACGACUGCGGAGAUAGCAGUGAUGAGUUAGACUGUCCCGCCCCAACCUGCAAUCCGGAAAUGUUUCAUUGCAACAGCUCGGAAUGCAUUCCCAAGUUCUGGGUCUGCGACAAUGAAGCAGACUGCAAGGAUGGAUCGGAUGAAUCGCCCGCGUUUUGUGGGGUCCAGGCAGGAGCCAAGAAAGCCAAUCCAUGCUCUCUGCUGGAGUUCCACUGUGGGAGUGGGGAGUGCAUCCACCAGCGCUGGCAGUGCGACGGAGGCUUCGACUGUAAGGACAGAUCAGACGAGGCCGACUGUGUGAAAGCAACCUGCCGGCCGGAUGAAUUUCAGUGCAAUGACGGGACGUGUAUCCAUGGGAGCCUGCAAUGCAACAAGGAGUAUGACUGCAAAGACCUGAGUGAUGAGGUCGGCUGUAUCAACGUGACAACUUGCAAGGGGCCAAACAUAUUUAAGUGCCUUUCUGGGGAAUGUAUCAGCAUGGACAAGGUCUGCAACGGGCUGAAAGACUGCAGGGACUGGUCAGAUGAGCCUCUGAAGGAGUGCCGAACCAAUGAAUGUUUGGCUAACAAGGGAGGUUGUUCCCAUAUAUGCAAUGACCUCAAAAUUGGAUAUGAAUGUUUAUGUCCUGAAGGCUUCCAGCUGAUUGACCAAAGAAAAUGUGAAGAUAUUGAUGAGUGUCUCAGCCCUGAUGCCUGUAGCCAAGUCUGUGUGAACCUGAAAGGAAGCUAUAAAUGUGAAUGUAAUGAAGGAUAUCAGAUUGACCCAACUACCAAGGCCUGCAAAGCAAUUGGCACCAUUGCUUAUCUCUUCUUUACCAAUCGCCAUGAGGUCAGGAAGAUGACACUGGACCACAGCGAGUACACAAAUCUGAUUCCCCAUCUUAAAGAGGCAGUGGCCUUAGAUAUGGAAAUUGGCAACAAUAAAAUCUACUGGUCUGACAGCUUUCACAGGAAAAUAUUCAGUACCCCAAUUGAUAAGGCUGGCAACCACUCCCAUCAUACCACUGUGAUCAGCAGCGGCAUCAAAGAUCCAGAUGGACUCGCUGUUGACUGGGUGCACCGCAAUAUUUACUGGACUGACUCUGGCCUAGGCACCAUCUCUGUGGCCAGCAGUGAGGGCUUGAAGAGGAAGACUCUGAUCAAGGAGGUCGGUGCCAAACCACGUGCCAUUGUGGUGGAUCCAGUCCACGGAUUCAUGUACUGGACUGACUGGGGGAUGUCUGCUAAAAUUGCCAAAAGUGGUCUGAAUGGAGUGGACAGUUUCCCUUUGGUGAAAGAAGGCAUUCAGUGGCCUAAUGGAAUAACACUAGAUCUGAUUACCCAUCGCCUUUAUUGGGUAGACUCCAAAUAUCACUGGGUCUCCAGCAUUGAUGUGGAUGGGGGAAACAGAAGGACUAUCCUUGAGGAUGAGAAGAUGUUGGCUCACCCUUUUGGCAUCACAGUCUUUGAGGAUAAAGUAUUCUGGACAGACGUCAUAAACGAAGCCAUCUUUAGUGCCAACCGCCGGACUGGCUCAGAUAUUGUCAAGGUGGCAGAUGAUCUCUUUUCACCUGAAGAUCUGACGCUGUUUCACUCUGUGCGGCAACCAAAAGGUAUCAAUUGGUGUGAGAAGAACGGCAUUCCUAACGGAGGCUGCCAGUAUCUUUGCCUUCCUGCUCCCCAAAUCACUCUCCACUCUGCCAAAUACACCUGUGCCUGCCCUGACGGCACACACCUGGACACCGACAUGAAAAGUUGCACCAAAGGUCCUGUUGUAUCUGAUGCUCCGGCUGCUGUUGCUGCAACAACAGUGCAGUCUGCAAAGACCUCACCUACAGCAUGGCUGCUAACCUCAGCCGGGACGCCACGGCAGAGAACUGAGCGUUUGCCUGCAGAUGUGCCGAAUAACGUUGCUACCAGCAUCCCGGAACAUACCACUCGUAGGAUGGUCACCCUGUCCCAGCAAGCUCGAAAUGGCAUUGCUGCAGAAACAGAUGGGAGAGAACGGAGUGGUCCAUCGGCACUUGCUAUCGUCCUACCUCUGGUUCUGGUCAGUUUAGUCUCUUUUGGGAUUUUCCUCAUUUGGAAGAACUGGCGUCUCAAGAACACCAACAGCAUCAAUUUUGAUAACCCUGUUUAUCAGAAGACAACUGAGGAUGAAAUCCAUAUCUGUCGGAGCCAGGAAGGAUAUACGUACCCAUCGAGACAAAUGGUCAGUCUGGAAGAUGAUGCAGCAUGAAACUGCCUCUACACUUCAAGUUCCUCUCUCGGGACUUUGCUGCUUAUUUUCUGGGUAGAAGAACACACACCGUCUGGCUUCAGUUCUCCCCCAGGCAUCCAGUACCACUUCCUGAAUGACUUGCUGGAUUGUUCCCACUCUCCUUUAUUUUUUUUAAGAAGGAGGCAUUUGUCAGCUGCCAUCUUCACAGAACACUGCAAAUGAAAAUCGAUGGCAUUGUUGGGUUUUUAUGUUUUUUCUAUAUUUAUUGUGCCCAGUGCCAACAGGACACUGGUAUCUCUGAUGUGCUCUGGGUCUCCUUCAUCUGACACAGAAUAUUCCUAGGUGUGAAAAACAGGAAUUCAACAAAGAGGAGAAGUUCUUCUCUGGAUGCAAGUUGGGUGUGCUGGGCUCUUCCUGUGGGGAGACCUUUAUGCCCUAAUUUAUUAGGCAUGAAGUGAGCCUGGAAGGGCUGGGAACCUAAGUCUAAUAUGAGACAAGAAUCCAAAGAUACCUAGUCCAUGAGCUGCUAGAUCCCUCCCUCCCUCCCUCCCUCCCUCCCUCCCAAACUAGACUAGAGAAGUUUUGAAAGUGGAUCCAAUCACCCAUGUUGUCAACAAGAAACAUUGACUUUAUUUUCUAACCCCAAAGGAAAAAGCUCAAGGUAUUAGGUCCUCUUGGGAACCUCCCUCUUGGUUCAGGGUUGCCCGUUCUCCAGCUUUCCCUGUCCAACCUACCAUGCACUUUUGUUUUCGGGUUCAGUUUGUGAUCUGUGUAGCCUGUGAUCUUGUAUAACAAUAUUUGCACUUGAUUGUUUUCCUUGCCUCUCUGGUCACCUGUGCCCAGAAAGUAAGGGGAAAAAAAGUAAACCAAUGACACAAACAGGCUGACUCUGGGGAUGUUGCAUUUGCUUGGUGCUGGGCCUCUUGUGCCUUUAGUGCAGGUAGACAAAAAGGGGCAAUAGACUGUGCUGGCCAAAAAACAGGAAACAGAAGCCAUUUUUUUUUCAUAUUCCAUCUCAAGUCACUGCUAUACUGUGGCCUUAAUACUGCAUCUCUCUUUUCUUCAGCGUUACCUUUUUAUACUUGUAUCCCUUCCCAUCUUAAAGGGAACAACACUUUUUAUAUGGGGAGGGAGAUGCACAAUGGAUUCCCCCUUCUCCACUGAGUUGUAGCACAGAAUCAGAGUUCCAUGUAAGACAGAAAGAACCUGUCCUAGAUGUGCCACUUUCUAUGGUUGAAGGCAGUGGUCUGUCACGGACUCUGAAGUGGGCUGAAACCAAGCCGAUUUGCUCUUUUGCAACUGAAUUUUCUGGAAUGGUAAACAGAUGAUAUCCUGACUACUUGCUUCUUUUAAAAUACUGGUAUUGAUACUUACAGAGAAGUAGAAUUGGGAUAUAAAUACGAAAGAUCUGCUAUUGGUAUAAUCUUUCCCAUUCCCUCUAAGAAACAGAAAUUACUUGUGCAUCCUGUCUCCCUUCUGUAAUGCAGAGCAAUCAUUGGCUAGAAAACCAAGUGGCAAUUUUUUGCUCUUGGCCUGGCACUUCUAAUUCCCUUCCCUUUGAGAGGAAAAGCACUAAAUGCCAAGGGGAAGCCCUCAAACCUUUUGUUCAGAAGCUGUGAAAGAUGCCAACCUCUUUCACAUAUUGUAGAAUGUGUAAAUGUAUGUGGUCUAUGUUAAGGUAUAGAUUUCCUUUGCACAAAAGUUGCCUUGUCUAUUUGUACAUAUGUUCAUAAAACACAUGACUUAUUUAUUUAUAUGUUUAUAUUAUUGUGGUUGCUAAUUGGACUGUUUUUCUGUCCCGCCUUACGUUACAAUGUCUUUUACAUUGUUUUCCCUUCCACAAAACUCUGCUUGGUGUGUGCACGUUUGUGUGUGUGAUGUAAGCGUGGCCCCUACCUGGAGUAAGCCUGCCAGGGUGAAGGCAGUUUAAAACAGGCAUUUGUGGAAAUGUACUUUUCAAAGAGAAGACAAAAUCUACUGCCACUUCACAUGGUUGGACCUUCUCCUAUAUGGUUUGAAUCACAGGUUAUUUUUGCUUUCCUACUGGUGCUCUUAAUAGUGUUCCUGGUAGCAGGUGACUGAUACCAAAUGAAUGAUUAACUUUGUCUUCUGCAAUAGUUAUGAAUCUAGUUAACCUAGAAGAGGUAUGUCUCCCUUAGAUUUAACUGCUGACAGCAUUUCUUAACUAGCUUAGGGCACUGCAUGUUUUUGUUAUUGUCCUCUGCUGCCCAGUUUCUUCCUUCUGGGUCAGCAGAAUUGACUACAGCUGAAGGCGGCUGGGAAUCAAUUGUUUUUGGUUCUGCGCCUUUUGCUGUUGCACUGUGAAUUUUUAAACCCUUAAUUCUGCAUCACUGUAUUAGAAUUGCAUGUGAGUGUCCAAAUUCAGAAACGCAAGUUGUGAGGGUCAACAAAAAUUUGUAGUGAUGAACAGCUAGGGGGGGGGUUCUGUUUUUAUGUCUUCUGUCAAAGUAAAACCUUAUCAGAAUGACAAUCCUUGUGAAAAGCCUCACCAAUUAAAGGCUGAAUCCUCAAAACAGUCUAGGCAUAUCUAGUGGGUUGUCUUGGUUUAGUCGUGUUCCAAAAUCUGCAGUUUUUUACACAAGCAUUAGCAAUGGUGCCACUUGGGACAAAAAUGUGGAUUUUGAGAGGAUUGUUAGCUGUCUAGUUUUUUUUUUCUUCAGCAGCCUAGAACUCUGCUCUAAUACCUCUCGUGCAUCUGCAUGACUCUAGAACUGGAGGAUAGGACUUUAGGGUGAGCCUGUGUUCUCAUUUUAUGAAGCAAGGCUCUAGGAGAAUCUCUUCGGCCUACAACUCAUGAGCCACACUUAACAAACUUGUGCUGAUCCCUGGAAUGAUAGGGCCAGUUACGUUUCAGGAUGUCUAUGUUAAAUCUCAGUGUGUUUUAAAAAGCAGAAAACCUGUGGAAGAUAGAUGGGGAUGGAUGGGGUGUGAAGAGAACAGCGGGCCUCUGCUUUGAUGUGGUAGAAGGUUGCAGAAUGACUCGGGAUGCAGGGAUGGCAGGGUUCUCCCUCCUUUCUGUGAUACCCCCACUUCAUGUUUGCAUGUGUUGAUGCUCUUGCCUCCCUGGUCGAGGCAAAGGAAAUCCAGGUGAAGCCAUUUUAACUGGAUAGUUAAACUGGUUUUACAUGUAAGCAUCUGACAAGUAAGUUGUACCUUUACAGAUGUGUUGAGCAAUAUUUUUAAAAAUAUUAAACAUGCCCCUGUUGAAAUUUAUGGGGUAUUUCCCCAGAUGUUGAAUGAAUUUAAUAAAUGUUUAAAUAUGC